CCCUCCGCGCGCCGGCACGAACGACCGACGUCGUCUCAGUGCGGACCGCAACCAGCCCGUCCCGGACGUGUCGUCUUGGAUUUUCUCGUGACGCCGCGCUCGCGCUAACAUAUUGGUGACCGCCGAUACGACGACGUGUGAUUGCUGCCGUUACGAUAACACAUUUCGAUAAUUUAUUAUUAAGCAACACUCGCGCACACCCAAAUAAUUUAAUAAUAUAAUUAUAAUGUUAAAAUAAUACGCAUCGUACGUUUACGCGAUUACUAGGCAUCGCAUCGCCACCAUCGCCGCCGCCGUCGCCACCGCCUGUAUAAUAGGUAAUAGCGUUAUUUUAUGUACCUAUACUUUCGUGAGCAUAAUUAUUACGGCGUGCCAUGAAGAUCUCGAGCGACAAAUCGGAACGUUUUACAUUCGUCUGACUUUGAAUUUUCGUCCACGUGCUUGUACCCUACGCGCGCAUACAGGGUGUAACAACACUAUAAUAUUAUACGUCACUAGUGAACGCGUAUACCGGUCUAAUCUAUACGACUUGUUUGGUCGUAUAAAUCGUUUGGUAGUGCCGUCGUCGCGCGUGUUUAGUUUUUGUCGUCGUCGUUGCCGCUGGUGUCUGUGUCGCAGGUGUUCGCCGUCGGAUAAUAUAUUUUUAUAAGCUACGUACGCGAUGCGCUGCCGCAGCUAACACUUGACGCUCGCGCUCACGUACGCUGGAUUUUUCGCACACGCACGUCAUGCUGCCGUACCAGGCGAUGGCCAUGGACUACGCGUCCGCGUCAUUCCAGCGACAUCCGGCCGCCGCCAACGUGGGACAUCAUCACCACGCGGCCGGCGGACCCGGCGGCGGUGGCCCCGGGUCGGCCGCCGCGUUCAGCCCGUCGUGGUUUGUGCCGGCUGACUUGUGCAUGCCGUUCGCCAAACAAAAUCAACCGCUCGUCGAACCCGGAAUACUCGAGUUGAGAAAAGAAAAAAGUCGAGACGCAGCUAGGUCAAGACGGGGCAAAGAGAACUACGAGUUCUACGAGCUGGCCAAAAUGCUUCCGCUGCCUGCAGCUAUUACGUCACAGUUGGACAAAGCGUCCAUCAUACGGCUGACAAUAUCGUACCUGAAACUGAGGGAUUUCUCAGGCCACGGUGACCCACCGUGGACUAGAGAUGGCCCACAAUCCACAUCUAAAAACCUAAAAGGAACCUCAGCUCGAAACAGAUCUCCUAGUACCAUAGCCUUGGAAUUGUUUGAACAGCACCAAGGCACUCAUAUACUUCAAUCACUAGACGGUUUUGCGUUUGCGUUGGCUUCCGACGGACGAUUUCUAUACAUAUCAGAAACCGUGUCAAUCUACCUAGGUCUUUCUCAAGUAGAGAUGACCGGUAGUAGUGUGUUCGACUACAUUCACCAAGCUGAUCAUUCUGAGCUGGCUGAACAAUUAGGCCUAGGAUUGACUCAAGGCCAAGGGAUGGCAUCACCGUCGCCCAGUAGUGCCGGCUCCGAAGAAGGAAGUUCCAAUGUAGGCACAGCAAAUCCCGAUGUUUCGUCAGUGAUGUCUCUAUCCAGCACAAAUGCAUAUAAAGGCUUAGAUAGAGCGUUUUGCAUUAGAAUGAAGUCGACGCUGACUAAACGUGGUUGCCAUUUCAAAUCCUCCGGAUAUAGGGUGGUGCUGUUGAUUUGCAGACUGAGGCCACAGUACACGUUUUCGCACAAUCGGAAAUGUGCGCCACCGCUUUUAGGCGCAGUGUCUCUGGCUAUCGCGCUACCCCCGCCCAGCGUGCAUGAAAUCCGACUGGAAACUGAUAUGUUCGUCACAAGACUAUAUUUCGACUUUCGAAUAGCUCAUUGCGAACCAAGGGUGGCGGAAAUACUAGAUUAUACGGCCGACGAACUGACUGGUAUGAACAUGUAUACCCUGUGUCACGGCGAGGACGUGGGGAAACUCCGAAAAUGUCACCUAGACCUAAUUAACAAAGGACAAAUGAUGACGCACUACUAUAGAGUGAUGAAUAAAAAUGGUGGUUACACUUGGAUGCAGACGUGCGGUACGGUCGUCUGUAACUCGAAAAACGCCGAAGAACAGAACAUCAUUUGCGUCAACUACGUAGUCAGUGCCAGAGAAUUCGACAAUUUAAUAAUGGAUUGUUGCCAAAUGGAAGAACACAUUAGGCAGAGGGUGGUGAAAAGAGAAGAAACAGGAGGCAACGACCCUGAGAAUGGUUCACCCGAUGGUGGUGGUGGUGAUGGACGAGGAGGAAAUCCUAGAAGAGAUCACCUGACACCGGCUGACCUGGACGAUGGUCAUUCGGCAGACGGACAAGGUGAUCCGACAAGAGGGAGAAAUCAUGUGGACAUAACCCAAUUAAACAACGCGCCUUCCGAACGACUACAACUGAACAACAACAACAACAGCAUAGGAAUACAACCGAAAAAGUCGGGCAACGACAAACGGAAAGCACACAAAAGGAAAAUCGCCGAUCGGGACGAGGCGACUGCAGUGGCAGCCGCUGCUGCUGCUGCGGCGGCGGCGGACAGCUGCUGUAGCAGUUCGGAAGAAGACGUGUCGGUGAACCGGAAACAGCAUUUCGCCAGCCUGAGCCCCGCCUCGUCGUCGUGUCAAUCGACGUUACCACCAAGUCCACCGAAAACGAACGGCGACAAGAGGCCGGCCGCGAGCGAUCCGAACGCCGUGAAAGAACUCGAGCACGCCAUGUCCAAGCACCUGCCGCCGGUCACGGACAAGACGUCUGCGUCGUCGGCGGUGACGGUGGCGCACCAGCCGACCGACUUCAGCACGGACGCGCUGCUCAAGCAACAGCAACAGAAGAGCACGAUCCAAUGGAUCGGUGCGCACCACCUGGGACAUCACCACCACCUCCAUCACCAGCAGCAGCACCAGCAGCAGCAGAACGGUGGCUUACACCUGCAGCAGCAGCACCAGCAUCACCAUCACGUCGCCGGGCCGCCUCACCACCAUCACCUCCAUCACCACCAACAGCAACAGCAGCACCAGCACCACCAUCACCAGGGCGCGUCGUCGCAGCACGGCCAACAGCCGCCAGGCGGCGCACCGGGUACCACGCUGCCCGCUUCGGCGCUGCUCCGGCAAAUAUACGCCAACCGCGAGUCGGUGAUCCGCGCCAACGUGCACGCUCCCCGUUCACCCGGUGCCAGCGCUGUCUCGUAUUACGCGGGCGAGAUGAGCACGUUGCCGACGCCGCCGGGCAGCGAGGGCGGUUACUCGGAACAGCAACAGUUCGGGCCGCAGAAAAACGAGUUCGGCAACGGCGCCGGCACGCUGGCCAUACCGCCGCCGUACAGUUACGCGGAUUACCAUACGGCCAUGACGCCGCCGUCGUCGGUUUCGCCGCGUGACAAGCACCAACACCAACACCAGCACCAGCACCAGCAACAACAGCAGCAGCAACAGCAACAGCAGCAGCACCAACAACAGCACCAGUACGACUUGUACGGGCCGCCGCCGCCGCCGACUUCCGCGGACGCUUUGCUGCAGCUGCGGCAACAGCACUUGCACCAGCAGUACGGCCACCACGCGGAGGUGACGUCGUCCGCCGCGCCGGCGCUGCCGCUGAAACCGCAGCCGUACAACCCCGCACCGCCGGCGCCGCCGCCACCCGCCGUGCCGCUCGACCACUACGACCAGACGUCCGCGGCCGCGGCCGCUGCGGCCGCAGCGUUUUAUCACUCGGCCGCCGGCUUUCAUCUGUACCACCCCGUCAAGUCGACGAUGGCCGCUGGCCCGCUGCGCCUCCACCGCCGUCGUCCGUGUCGCCGCGCCGACCCGCUUAAGAACCAUCACAACUGGUACUCCACGCCCACUUAAUUUGGGAGGUGCGCAGUCGGUUUAGAUUUAUAGUGACGAUGACGACGGUAACGCGUGUAGAUUUCACUCCUCACCAUGCCAUCACCUCCACGAAAGCGUGAUAUAAUUAUUAUAUACGUAAACGUUAUGGAGGAGAUAAUUUUUAAACGCAAAAUUCGCGCUCGUAUUUUCUCGGACAUAUUACUAUCUUAUUUUUCAACGAAACUAGACAAAUUUUCAGGUAUUAUAUCGUUAUUUAUUAUGCACACGGCGAUUUGUUAGUGGGUUCCUAACCAAUUCGCCAUUUUUUCUCCCCUUGAUAUUAUUUCCUUUCUAAGAUAAUGUAUCCACGUUCGUUAUUAUUGAACUGAUAAAGAAAAUAUCAAAGUGCCGGAAUAGUUUGAACAUAAUUUGAUCCCGGAUUACGUUCAUAAAUUAUACAAUACAUUGCAUCGACGAUUGUCGGAAAGGAUAUAAUGUAUAUACCUACUAAAAAAAAUACAUCACAAGUAGGUACUGUAUAAAUAGCAAGUGCCUACCUAUUGACUAUUGAGUUUAUAGAACUAUAAGCUGAUGACAACGAUGUAGAAUGUAAUAUUAUAAUAAAAUAGGCACCUAGGUCGACAGAAUGCAUAGGUAGUUCGAUAAUAGAGGUACCUACCUACUUGGAUGAUUUAUCUAGCCCCAUUCCGCACGACCGACAUUUGCUGCCCCCGCUCGCUCUUCUAUAAUUUGAAUGUUAGUAAAUAACAAACCAUGAAGUAUAAAUAACUAUUGUAUAAUAACUAUUAAUAAGUAUAACUAUUGAAAAAUACCAUGAAACCUAAAACUUAUCAUUAUCAAAAAAUAGUCAAAAGAUAAUGUAAGUUUUUAAGUAUUUGUAUACUUUAAUUACAACCUGUUUAUUACUUACUCUCACCUACUCUAAAGUGUGCGUUUUAUUUUUUGUAAAACUCGCUAGAUGUCCAAGAAAGUACGGGUUUCGCAUGUUGAAAUAUAACCACCAUUAUGUGCGAUUGGUAUACUUAGUUUUUAAUUAUUUAAUUUACUGCUGCUGUAUUCGUUUGAGACUGUAAUAUUGUCGUUAUACUUUUUUAGAUUUAUUAAAUGCAUGUAUUAUAUCGACUUUGUAAAAACCUACCAAGGUUAUAUAAAAUACGUAAUACCUACGUAUAUAUAUUAUGCACAUAAAUACUAUGAACAAACUAUAUUAUAUUUUGUUAAGACUAUAUCUUUUUUUUUUUUUUAUACAUACAUAUUUUAACCAAAGAUUGUAUUUUAGUGUCGAAUUUUUAAACUGCGUGCCUACCAAUUUUUUAAUCAAUUGAUGAUGUACCACGGCAGGUGUGUGUAUAUGUAUAUAUAUUAAAAAAAAGUUUUAAUGU